UGUGACUCCGGACAGGCUGAUGACUCUGUGGAUUCACUCAUGCAUGGUCACACAAUGUGACAGUCCAGACAUGGCUGGAAACGGGAGGCAGCUCCGUUUGACCGAGCCUCAUCUCCGAUCCCAAGCCGCCUCCAAAAACUAACGACAACGACAUCAAAGGGAAACUUUUUACGCACGUUAACGGGGCCCGGGACACGGAGCCUGGAACAGUUGGUUGCAUGAGAGAGUUUAUGGGGCAGACUUUAAAAAAAAAAGAAAAAAGAAAAAGGAAAUAGUUUGUUGAGCUGUCAAAGUGGUGACUGGUUUUGGGUUUUGGGGAGGAAGAGGGAGGGUCGCUGCAGCCGCAGGAGGUUUUCAACGCGCUCCAACGAUGGCACCAACGAUGGCUGAUGGAUUUGCUUUUGGUGCUUAAGUAUGACCUCAACGGUUUGAAGGUAUGACGGAUAAACACUACUGUGAAUGUUUUUUCUGCACUUAAAUGGGAGUAAAGUAAGGCCAAGUAAAUGAAGAGCGACGUGUUAUCAGGUGUCAUACAUAUUGUGAACCCUAGUCGAUGGAUUUAUUACCUUUAAUACCAGAAUAUUUUACCUGUACUUUCUCCAUAGGCUAGAAAUCUUGAAGGAUGGGCGACUGGAGCUUUCUGGGGCGGCUGCUGGAGAACGCUCAGGAGCACUCGACGGUCAUCGGCAAAGUCUGGCUGACCGUCCUCUUCAUCUUCAGGAUCCUGGUGCUGGGGGCGGCGGCCGAAGAGGUCUGGGGCGACGAGCAGUCCGACUUCACCUGCAACACCCAGCAGCCCGGCUGCGAGAACGUGUGCUACGACGAGGCCUUCCCCAUCUCGCACAUCCGCUUCUGGGUGCUGCAGAUCAUCUUCGUGUCCACGCCGACGCUCAUCUACCUGGGCCACGUGCUGCACAUCGUCCGCAUGGAGGAGAAGCGGAAGGAGAAGGAGGAGGAGCUGCGCAAGGCGAACAGGCUGCAGGAGGAGAAGGAACUCCUUUAUAGAAACGGCGGCGAGGCCGCCCGAGGCGGCAAGAAGGAGAAGCCGCCGAUCAGGGACGAGCACGGCAAAAUCCGCAUCAGAGGCGCGCUGCUGCGCACCUACGUGUUCAACAUCAUUUUCAAGACCCUGUUUGAAGUGGGAUUCAUCCUGGGCCAGUAUUUCCUCUACGGCUUCCAGCUGAGGCCUCUGUACAAGUGCGCACGUUGGCCCUGCCCCAACACCGUCGACUGCUUCAUAUCGAGGCCCACGGAAAAGACGAUUUUUAUUAUAUUUAUGCUUGUGGUGGCUUGUGUGUCCCUUUUGCUGAAUUUGUUAGAGAUCUACCACCUCGGGUGGAAGAAAGUUAAACAGGGCAUGACCAACGAGUUCGCGCCCGACCACGAGUCGCUGCGCCGCGCCGACACCGCGGAGCCCGAGUGUUUGGCCUCGGCCUCCAGAACUGCCCCUCCCAGCCUCAGCUACCCCCCCAACUACACGGAUGUGACGGCGGGCAGCGGGGCCUUCCUGCCGCCCAUGGGCUCGGCGGCCAUGCCCUCGGCGGCGGAGUUCAAGAUGGACGACCUCCAGCGGGGGGAGGAGUCCCUCCGCCGGCCCUCCCCCUCCUCCCACUACUACAUCAGCAACAACAACAACCACAGGCUGGCCGCGCAGCAGAACUGGGCCAACCUGGCCACCGAGCAGCAGACUCGGGAGAUGAAGGCCACCUCCCCAUCCCCCUCCUCCUCCUCCUCCUCCUCUUCAUCCACCAGCAACGCUAAAGAGCAGCAGCAGCAGCAGCUGCUUCCCACCAGCGACAACGCCAGCAACAUCACCAACACAACCGCCAACGCCGCCUCCAGCGGGAGCAGCCCCGGCGCCGCCUCCUCCAACGCAGGCAGCUGGGGCGGCGGGAGGAGCGAGCAGGACGAAGGCCACGUCGCCGCCACCACCACCACCACCACCACAGUGGAGAUGCACGAGCCUCCGGUAACGGUCGGCACAGACCCCCGGCGGCUAAGUCGGGCCAGCAAGAGCAGCAGCGUCAGGGCCAGGCCGAGCGACCUGGCUGUCUAGACCCCUUCACAGCUUCCCCUUCACGUCCCUCAAUCCUCCCCACGAAAACUAAGAGGUUCUCACAUUUUAAACGCAUAAACGGAUAAAAUAAAGAUAAAAUGAGGAUGUUUUAGGCAAAUGUGACCAUACAGUCCUACAAAGUCAGAAGGCCUCAGCAGCAGCAGCAGCGACGGAGCCAAAGACAAUGUGAUAGUUUAACAUCACACCAGCGUGUUUUGUUUUGUUUGGGAGGAAGAUUGUUUCUCUAUUUUAUUUUUUUUUCUUCUUUUCGUCGAGCCUAAAGGACAAAUUAUUUAAAAAAAAAAAAAUGAAAGAGGCCAUUUGUCAAAACAAUGACUUUUCUUUUUAUUUUAUCUGCAGGAAGCACAGGAGGCGACAUUGUUAGUUAUUCAAUGUGCUGCCAUGAACCACUUGUUCAUCAUCUAACAUGCACCGUGCGUGCAACUCAACAUAUCAACAACCUUUUGACCUUUGACCUGGAAGAAUCGAUUUUAAUUUUACUCUUCUUUUACCGUAACUUAAUCUUCAAACAAUUACACGUGUCGCGUUCCUCGUACGUUGUGCACUCACCGAUUCACAAAUCAGGAUUAGAAAACUCUUAAAAAUAAACAGACAAAGUUCGCAGCUGUGGAGAGGUUAUCGGAUAUAAAAACUGCUAGUCCCAGAAUGCAACACUAGACUGUCCAGGAAGUCUCUGCCUACGUCAACAUAUCUGAAAAUAAAUACGCCUACAGAUAUCACCUUCACCGACAACGCAGAGUGAAUAAAUAGAAGCAGGUAUUUGCUAUAAAAAGUCAAAAAAGUCAAAAUAAAUUGUUGGCAACCAAAAAUUAACAAUCAUCACACCAAAAGAUUGAAAGAUUUUUCCCCUGUGACACAUUUCACGUGCUUCUACAUUGGAUUUAUUCUGAAAAGCGAUAUUUUUAAAAAAAAAAAAAUUGAAUCUUACUCAUGAGUUGCAUACCUGUAGUAGUCAGUUUUGUGAUUGCGGCUAGGAUAAAAACAAAAAGACAAAAAAAAAAAAAACAACAAAAAACAAACAGUGGCAUCGCACGGAUCGGACGCCACGGUGCAGUCGGCCUCGACUGACUCUAUUUUCUUGUGUUCGCCUUGAUUCUUAGAACAACAACAACAAAAAAAAAAUCUUUAGGAAACUUUUAACUGAGCUCAUCGACAGUCCUCUGUCUCUGUUGUGUAGCCGUGGCGUUUUGGUUCAUUCACAACAACACAGGCACUGACUUUAAAAAAAAAAAAGCUUUCAAAUGAACAGUGACAGGACAUAUUGCACUUGCACAGCAGAGCAACACAACGAAAGUACUAAUAUGUCUGCGCAAUACGUUUCACAGGACGCUUUAAUGUGCAGGUGUACACACUGGAGUAAGAGGAGUGUAAAGUUGUUUCUUCUGCGUGGAUUACACAACGGUGGCACUCUGGCGUUAUUAAGAUAAUGUUUAUUAUAUUAUUAUAUCUCGCUGCAAAUAUUCAGUGCAGACACACACACACACAAAGAGGAGAAAAUACACGUUUCCUGUUCAGGAUGGUGAAAAAAAAAUAAUAAUCUUUGUUAUCUGGAUUUGUUCUUGAUUCCUUAAGUUUACAUUUUGGUAGUUGAUGAAGAUUUGCACAUUUAAGAAAGAAAAUAUUGGUAGAAAUAGACGGAAAGAGAUAAAGAGAGGAGGGAGUCGAAGCCAAUCUCUAUGAUCCUCAAAGGAAUAAAUGUCUUAAAAAAAGAAAUACAAAACAUGCUAUGACUCUUCACAGGAAAAAAAAGUAGCAUUAAAAAAGAUAUUCAUCUCAUGAAAAUUAAGUAACAUUGGGUGUGAGAAAGAGCAGUUUUCCUGUUGUGACAAACCUGUCGGGACUCUGGUCAGACGUCAUAUCAGGCGACUCUGCUCCCUUGGGGCCGCUGGCGUUGGUGGCUGGUGGCCCUUCUCUUAACCCCCACACGGCCCCCGACAGGAUGUGGUGUUCAAAGCCCGUCGCCCCCCCCUCCUCCCCCUUCCUUGACUCCUCCAGACUCUCUCCUCUUACGUCUCGUGUGGAUCACGACUUCCUCUGACUCGUCGUCGGGGAGUAGGAACCAUCUUCUCGCCUGUUAUCAAAGCUGUCUUAAAACAAGAGAAGUGCCUUGUGUAUGAAUGAUUCUUUUGUAAGAACAAGUUGAUGUAAAUGUUCAUUUACCUCAAAUGUUUACAAAACUGUUACUAAAUAAAUUUUUUGUACCAUA